CGUUGGGGGUGGGGGUGAUUUCGGGGAAGAGGAAAGAAGUAGUGGGAUGGACGUGGUUGGGUGUCCACGGCACGGGACCUUAUGUUUUCUGAAGACUGGCGUCCGAGAUGGCCCGAAUAAAGGAAAGAGCUUCUACGUGUGCCCGGCGGACACAUGCAGCUUCGUGCGGGCCACCGACAUUCCUGUUUCUCAUUGUUUAUUGCAUGAGGACUUUGCGGUAGAGCUUCAGGGUCUGUUUCUAUCACAGGGCGAGAAAGAAUACAGGUUAUUCUUCCGAUGUGUUAGAAGUAAGGCAGAGGGGAAGCAAUGGUGUGGAAAUAUCCCAUGGCAGGAUCCUAAUUCCGAAGAACAUUCUGUAACCAGUAAGUCUCAGCAUGCCUCUGAGAUAUCUCGUUAUCCUUCCAGCCAGCAGAGAAACCCGUUCAAGUUAAUUGACAAGAAUCAAGAACCAUCCCUCCGGAAGCAGUUCAUCAAAGGUGAAGAUGAGGAAAAGACAGCUCAUAAGAAGCAAAGGGAAAAGAGAGAUCCACUCCUGGAUCAAAAGAAGGAACAGAAGCCUGAAUCUAAGUGCUGGAUGGAGGAAGAUCUCUCAUCUGGCCUGGUGGUAAAGGAAAAACAAUCGGCUGUUCAAGAGAUGCAGCGAGGGGAGAAGACAGAGUUUCGUAGUGCUGCAAAGGAGGUUGAAGGGGUGCACAAAAGAAACCUAUUUGAGAUGAAAUCCAAACAGGUCCGUGGGAAUGAGCUGAGAGAACCGUCUGCAUCUCAGGAGAAGUCAAAUGGUGAGAGGCAUUCUCUCCAAAAAGAAUCAGAACCUCCAAGGGAAAAGGAAACUAAGCCUUUGCCUGGAAUUGUUCACAGUCAACACCCAAUAAGCCAGUCCCUGAAAGGGGGACACCUCAGCAAGGAGCACCCCAAGAGCUGGGAGGCUAGAGAAACAAAGGCAAAGAAGGACGCAAGCACGCAGACCCUCCAGAAAAGUCUGCUCCAGGGCCAUUUGCAGGCACAGCCGGAGACCCGGGGCACGCCUGCUCCAAAGGGACCGGCUGCUCAGCCUGCACCACUGGCCACAGGGCACCCCCAGGGAGAGAUGCGAGACGCCGAUACAAGCAGUGGUGACAGUGAGGAAGGUGAUGUUGUUUUUUUUUCCUCUAAGCCAGGGAGCCCCUUGCUCUUUGACUUGACUCUAGACUCACAGAAGAAGAAGAACCUUAAAUUCCCUGGUCAGAGUGUGCAAAGAAAAAUUUCUCCUGACUCAGGCGUUUCCAAGAAGGGAGAACCUUCAGACCCAGAAGCCCAACGUGUGUACCUCACAACACAGCUGAAACAAAAGAAGAGCACAUUGGCAUCUGUGAACAUCCAGGCUCUUCCAGACAAGGGUCAGAAGUUGUUCAAGCAACUUCAGGAGCUGGAGGAUGCGCUGAGUGCCCUGGCCCUCUCCCCAGAGCAAGGCACUAAUGAGAAGAGUAACACUCAAGCACCACAGCAGAGUAACUUCACCAAAACGACCACUGAUCCUCCCCACUUGGUGCCUCCCAAACCCCUGCAGGGCCGGGAUCUCCAGCCUCUGGGUUGUCUAGGACUGAAGGCUGCCCGCCAGGAGGCUGCUGGAGGGUCUGAUCAGUGCUGUGGAGGUAAUCUCGAUUUGUACGCAGGCCCUAUGAGCCAAGGUCACCUUCGCGCAGUGUGGCAAAUCACAAGUGAAGCCAUUGAUGAGCUGCAUCGAUCACUUGAGUCACGUCCUGGCGAGACAGCUGUAGCAGAGGAUCCAGCUGGGUUGAAGAUCCCUUUGCUGCCGCACCAGAAGCAGGCAUUAGCCUGGCUGCUAUGGCGGGAAGGUCAGAAGCCACGAGGAGGAAUCCUGGCGGAUGAUAUGGGGUUAGGAAAAACCCUCACAAUGAUUGCACUCAUCCUGACCCAGAAGAACCAAGAGAAAAACAAAGAAAAGGACAAAACCACGGCUUUGGCUUGGCUUUCCAAAAAUGACUCCUCUGAGUUCACUUCCCAUGGAACACUAGUCAUCUGUCCUGCUUCCCUGAUCCAUCACUGGAAAAGUGAGGUGGAGAAACGUGUGAGCAGCAACAAACUAAGAGUCUAUCUGUAUCAUGGGCCAAACCGGGAUCAGCAUGCAAAAGUCCUCUCCACAUAUGACAUCGUGGUCACUACCUACAGCCUUCUGGCCAAGGAGAUUCCCACAAAGAAGGAAGAGGGAGAGAUGCCAGGUGCAAACCUCAGUGUGAAGGGUGUCUCAUCACCUUUGCUUCGAGUAGUCUGGGCUCGAAUCAUAUUGGAUGAAGCUCACAAUGUUAAGAAUCCCCGAGUGCAGACUUCCUUGGCUGUGUGUAAGCUCCAGGCCCAAGCCCGUUGGGCUGUCACUGGAACCCCCAUUCAGAACAACUUGUUGGACAUGUAUUCACUGCUGAAAUUUCUCCGUUGUUCUCCAUUUGAUGAACUCAGUCUGUGGAGGAGUCAGGUUGACAAUGGUUCAAAGAAAGGAGAAGAACGGUUAAAUAUUUUAACCAAGAGCCUUUUGCUGAGGAGAACAAAAGACCAGCUGGACCCCACCGGCAAGCCCUUGGUGGUGCUCCCCCAGCGUAAAUUUCAGUUGCACCAUUUAAAGCUUUCUGAAGAUGAAGAAAAUGUUUAUAGUGUCCUUUUUGCAAGAUCAAGGUCAGCUCUGCAAUCUUAUCUAAAAAGACAUGAAAGUCGGGGCAGCCAAUCUGGAAGAAGCCCUGAUAAUCCAUUCAGUAGAGUGGCCCAGGAGUUUGGGUCCAGUGGGCCUGGGCUCUCCGUGGCAGCAGACUCGCAGACAUCUAGCACCGCCCACAUACUGUCACAGUUGCUGAGACUCCGCCAGUGUUGUUGUCAUCUUUCUCUACUGAAGUCGGCCCUGGAUCUGAAAGAGCUGAAGAGUGAAGGCCUGGUCCUUUCCCUGGAAGAGCAGCUCAGAGACUUGACCUUGUCCGAAUUCCAUAACUCAGAGCCGUCUGCCUCCAUUUCCCUUAAUGGCAAAUGCUUCAAUGUGGAGCUUUUUGACGACAGGAGAGAGAGCACCAAGAUUUCAUCUCUGUUGGCAGAAUUGGAGGCAAUCCGAAGAAAUUCAGGGUCCCAAAAGAGUGUCAUCGUCUCUCAGUGGACCAGCAUGCUGAAGGUUGUAACCUUGCACCUUAAGAGGCAUGGACUGACUUAUUCCACCAUUGAUGGCUCUGUUAACCCCAAACAGAGAAUGGACUUGGUGGAGGCAUUUAACAAAUCCAGGGGCCCUCAGGUUAUGCUAAUCUCUCUCUUGGCUGGAGGCGUUGGUCUAAACCUGACUGGAGGAAACCAUCUUUUCCUUCUGGACAUGCACUGGAAUCCGUCACUUGAAGAUCAAGCUUGUGACCGAAUUUACCGAGUAGGGCAGCAAAAAGAUGUUGUCAUACACAGAUUUGUUUGUGAGGGAACAGUGGAAGAGAAGAUCUUGCAGCUCCAAGAAAAAAAGAGAGAUCUGGCCAAACAGAUUCUAUCAGGAACUGGAGAAGUUGUCACCAAGCUCACCUUGGCCGAUCUCAAAGUCCUUUUUGGCAUCUAACUUCCUGUUUAUGGAGCUCAGAAUAGUGCCAUUGUCGGUUUGUAUUAGGAUCUGGGGAGAAUGACCUAACCCUGGUCCUUUGAGCUCUCGUUGGCAUUCAGUUUCACCUUCAAGCCCACCUCAAAGUGAGGAUCGGUUACCAUGUUAACCACUUGGUUAACCAGUCAUGUUAAUCAAUCAACGUAUUUAAUGUGUGACAUAGAAACCAAUAAAUUACUUCAGAUAAGAGAAAAUGCUUUAGAGUUAGAGAAUUUGGAAAACAGCCCUGGGAGAGUUGUACCUAAGCUUCAGUAAAAGCUCAAAAAGCCCUCUGUUGCUUUUCUCUUCUCAGCUGGUGGGGACCCAACGUUACUGCCUUUUCUAACACAGGCUCCAUCCCAUCUCUUCAUCUCCUGCCAAUGAGGCUGCUCAUAUAACCAUCUCUUUAUGGGCUGAGCAGAAGCAGCUCUCUGCGUAAUAUGUAGAUGAGACUACAUUUCCUAGUCUUCACUGCAGUUACCUGGGUCCAUAUUACUGAGUUCUAAGUCAGUGGAAUAUGGAGAGAAGUGAUGUAAGUCAUUUCUUAUCUGCCUUUCUGAAACCUUGCAAGUGAUUCUUUGUGCUGUUUCUUCUCUUGUUGGCCCACUGAAUACAAAGGAACUGAUGGAUGACUGCAGGGCCCUAGAGACUUGUGAAGCCACUAGGUCAGAGAUUCUUAACCUACUGCUGGCCACGGACCCCUUGGCAGACUGGUAAGCCUCAGUUCCUGAACGACAUCGGAACAAAGCUUCCUGUGUGUGCCUCCCUUCUCACCCUAGCUCACCUACAUUGGACUAUGACAUGAUCAAGAAAUAAUUUUUUUUAAAACCAUGAGACUUGGGUGUUUGUUUGUAUAGCAGUUUGUAUCCUGACUAAUACAAACUCUUGAGAAUUUCUUACUUUGGGAAACUAUUCAGAUUCCCUUCUUCCCGUUGGCACUUACUCAGCUAAUUUCUGCUAGAAAGAAUUGUAUUUCUUCCUAGAAAGAACUGUUGCCCUCCUUUGAGUUAGGAUUAGGUGACAAAGCCCUGUGUUAAGCCAGUCACAGUAUGGGCUGAGGCACUGGGGCCUGUUUAAGCAAAGGUGCCCUCUAAGGACAUGGUCUAAAGGCCCACAGAGGCAAAGACAGGUGGCCUGGAAGGAAGAGUUCUGACUUAACUCUACUUCCAGGUUCACCUUAGCUGGGGUGUAGCCUUGAAAAAAUCAUUAACUUCUCUACACUUUGGUUUCCGCAUUUGUGGUAGGCAUUGUUUUUAGAACUUCGGCAGCUGUAGUGAAGUCCCUGGGAAAAUCAGGAAAUGGAGGAUGUAAGAUUACCUUUCGGGAGUUACGCUGUAGGAUCAACACACCAGGGCAAAGGGAGUGUCACCUGAGAAGCAGUGGCUCCCAGGCCAGCAAGAACGUACAAACCCUGCCUCUGCUGUUUGCUGACUGUCUGGUGUUCAGCUAGUUGCAGAUUCCCCAGGCACCUCAGUUCUUUCAUCUGUAAGAUGUGAGGAUUAGCAUACAGCUCACUGUGCUCCCCUGGCAACUUAGCAACACACAUACACACCAUAGCCCAUGCAACCAGAUCGACAGAUGGGUCAUGUCAGUCAGAAGGCAUGUUAGGUGAAUACUGUCAGUGUCCUUUCCAGGUACUGUUUAGGAGAGAGGCAGUGUCAACUUCGAGGUUCAAGUAUUCUUGCUUUUAGUCUGAGGAUGGUUGCAGGGAUUAUAACCUACAAUCUUCAGAUAUUCAGAGCCCACUGACCAAUGUAAUCUACUCUGAUAUUCCUUCUCGUAUCUUAAAUAUUUUCUCUAGUGUUCCUCAUUCUGAUUCUAAGCUAGCAAAGCCACUCAGUCUUGUCUUGGGUAGGUGUUCCUGUAACAGGGAGAUGCUAUCGAUGUGAGGCAGAUACAGCAAAAAUUGGAACCACUGUCAUACCAGACAUGCAUCCUUCAGUCCUAGCCCUGGGGUGGAAAUGUCUCAUGAAUUAUAAUAUAAGUAGCAUUCUGGUGUCUGUCUCAGGCUCACGUUCAUUUUAGUUACCGUGAGUCCAUUUCUUAAGGUCAGGGCAUGACAAGGUGGGUCUCUGCACCCUCUAGCAGUGGGCAGCAUCCCACAAUGUAGUGAUCUAAUUGAGGUGCUGCCCUAUGAAUUCUGCCAGUGUCAACCAGCCUUCCCUUAUGUGACACCGUAACGGUCAGAUUUUCUUUUUACAUCUCUCUGCCUACCUCAGCAGACUUAGGCAAGAACAGUAAAUGCUUUGUUAGCCAUGAAGUGCCAUCCGAACGCUAGUGUUAUUGCUGUGGGACCAGGUCUCGGAAUAUGAGAAUAAAAUUGAAGCAUGGGUGCAGCUGAAAGAGCCAGAUGGUGAACAUCUGUCACCAAAGUGCAACAUUGCUGAGCACCCAGUUUACAAGGUAUUUCUUAUGUGACAGAGCUGCCUUCAUGGAAGGUUUAUAGUUUGACUUCUCUUUGGCAGUGUUAAUCAAAAAAGGGCAUCGUGCGCGCCAUGGCUGGAUGGAACCUAGGCCCUUUAAAGCCUUACCAAGGACUCCUGUUGCCAUCCAAUUAUUAUGAACACAGUAGGUAGAAUGAUGUCUUUGUGGGACAUGACCCCUUCCUCUAGCACUCAUGGAUGUGAUCUGGAAUGGCUACGUAUAAAUACUGGGCUCUUUCCUCUCUCUGGUUGUCUUGUGCAAUGAAGUAGCUUCUGCAGGGCUGAAAGACGAGGCCAGAUUAUCCUGCACAGAUAGUCAUGGAAAUGCCAGUGCUCGGUGUGGCCCCUCUGGUGUUCUGAAAUCUUGAUAUCUACCAUAAUGCCUUGAGAGAAUUUGGGUUUACAGAGUGGGAUAUGGUACUGCUAUUUGCUAUGUAGCAUCUAGCCCUAGAGAAAGCCAGAAAGAAUUAAAAGGCAUUCCUUCAAGCACAAAGAGAAUUACAAUAAGAAUUUAGAAUUUGUAGGCAUAUGAUCUCGAUUAAAAUGUUUUCAUAGGUAAAAAUGAAAUUAGCAUCAGUUAUAGUACAAAGUACCACUGGAGUGAGUAGCCAGGGGACGGGGAUGGAAAUGAAAGAACGGCCUAACCCUUAGCAGGGAACAGGGAAGAUGAUAUCUUCGCUAGCUUGAGUCCUUUUUACCAGAAUGCUUAGCUAAAUCUGCGUGUAGGAAGAGAUUACAUAUGAAAGGAAGGAUGGGAAGAAUACUUUUACUGCUUAAUUAUUCAUACAUUAAUUUAAAAUCAUAUAUUAAACAUGCCAGGGCACUCCUGGGCACUGAAAAUGUAAGGAUAAGCAAAACCCCAAACAGUCCCUGUCCUCCUGAGGCUUCUAGCCUAGAAGGGGAGACAGGCAUUAAUCAGAUCAUCACGUGUGGCUGCGAAGUGGCCAUUGUGAUGAGUGCUACAGUGGCGGGGGAGUCCGCGUGGCUGGGAGGGCUUAGAACAGGGAUUUGACCUAGUUAAGGGGGACUUCUCUGAGGAAGUGUUGAAGGAAUUGAAAUCAAUAUGUAGAAGCUAAUAAGGCGAAGAGUGAAACACCUCUUCCUAUAUUCUGCUUUUAAUUAGCAUUCACUUCACCCAACCACCUCUUAAUUGAGAAAAGCCUAACACAUAGGUAUACAUCCUCUGGAGUAAAGCUGAGUGACUGCUGCAUUUUAGAGAUUAGAGAAUGGGUGGGCUGGCAGGUAUGUGUGUAUGUUUGUUAUCCAGGACGGCCCAGGUGUUUAUCCAGUUACAACAUCCCAGGGGACGGAGGCUGUAAUUUGCGGCCCGUUUUCUCCUCCCUGUAACACCAGAGAUAUAACUUACGUCCUGCUGCUGCACCUUGUUGAUGCUUCAGUGCUCACAACUCAAAGGUGGUUUCUGAAGCACUUUGUUACGCUGGGGGCAGUUCCUAAAUCCUAAGACUUCUUUUUGUCCUCACCUUGGAAUAUUGGGCUCUGCAGAUCAGUCUUGCUUUGCCAAGUCUUUCAGCUAGGUUUACACUCCACUGUAGCACGGAUCAAAUACCAGCCCCACUCCACCCACCCCCCACCCCACCCCCCGCACAAACUUUAAAUAUCUGUAGUGGAACUGUUACCAUUAAUAUUGCUUAAAGGCUAGGGCAUUUGCCAGAACCUAGGUAUCUUAUAGAUAUUUUCUGUUGCAAUAGAACUUCAGCUACAGUAGAGUUAUCCAAUUACCAAAAGCUUUUUCCAACUGAAAUAAAUGAUAAGCUUUUUAUCCUCAGUUCUGAAAUCUGAUUCAUUAAAAGACACAUGGGGCAAAAUGAUGUAAAACAACAAGCUUCUUCAUGGCAAGCAAUUCCCUAGAUGUCUGAGGUAAUUGGAAAAUUCAAGGCUGGUCCCUAAGGUGCAUAUAAUUUAUCCAACAGUUUUGAGAGAAGGCUGAGGUUUUUUUCCAAGUGGUAUUUGGUUGAAGGAAAAAUGUCAGUCGGAGGGAAGGGAAGUCUGGCCUGUAGAAACAGAUACCAAGGAGAUCCAAACCAAAAAUUCUACCAAUUAGAUCUUUAUUCAUUCAACAAAAUAUUGAUUAAGCCUCUACUAUGUGCCAGAAACUGUCUUCCAUGGGGAUAGUAUAGUGGUCAAUAAAUGUCAAAUCCCUGCCUUCAUAGACCUUACGGUCUAGGAUAAGAGGACAGACAAUAAAGAAAUAGAAUAUACAUAUGUUAGAUGGUGAUGAAGCAGACUAAGGAUGAUACGGAGUCUUGGGGUGGGGAGCUGCUAUUUUAUACAGGGUAGUUAGGGACCUCUCCAAUAAGAUGGUGUUUGACAAAGGAGCAGAAACCUGAGGAAAAUGAGAGAGUGAAUCAUGUAGGUAUCCGUGAGAAGGGCAUUCCAGGUGGAGGGGCAGUGAUUGUAAAGGCUUCAAGACAGAGUUUGAGGGGCCCCAGGCAGUCCAGUUUGGCUGGAAUAGAGUGGUGGGGGUGGGGGGAUGGGUAGGAAAGAGAGAAGAGCAAGGAUCCAGGUGCUGCAGGGUCUUACAUGCUGAUGUAAAGGCUGUUCUGAGUAAGAUGGGAGGCCUUUGGAGGUUGUCGAGCAAGACGAGUGACACGAUCUGAUGUAUUUUAAAAGGACUGUUGGGUGGAGAAUAGACUGUAGACAGUUGAGAGUGAGAGCAGAGAGACUAGUUAGAAGGCCAUUGCAAAAGUCCAGGUGAGAAAUCAUGGUAUCUCAGACUGGUGUGGUUAGCAGUGUAGGCAGAGAGCAGUGCUCAGCAGAUGUAUUUUGAAGGGAUGGCAGAUAGGAUUUGCCAGUGGAUUGGACGUAAUGCCUGAGAGGGGAGUCAAGGAUGUUUCCAAGGUGACUGGCUCCACCCCCUGUAAGAGUGGAUUUGGACAUUCCUUUCAAAGAGAUGGAGAAGACUGCAGGAAAAACACUUUGGUGCUGGUGGUCAGUUGGGCAGUGAGAAUUGGAAAUUGAGAGUUCUGUUUUGGACAUCUUAAAGAUGAGGUGCCUAUGAUACAUCCAAGUGGAGAUGUUAAGUAAGCUCUUGGAUAGAACCAUAUGGAGUUUGGAGCUGGAGAUAAAUUUAGGAGUCAUCGGUAUAUAAAAGGUACUUAAACUCAUGAGAGGAUGAAAUCACCUAGGAAGUGGGGGGGAAGAUAAAAAUGCAGGAACUAAUCCUUGGAGCUCUUAAAUGUGUAGAGACUGGAGAGAUGGAGGAACUAGAGAAAGGAAGUCAAUGAGAUAAGUGAUUAAGAAGAGUGAUGCGGGACUUCCCUGGUGAUACAGUGAAUAAGAAUCUGCCUGCCAGUGCAGGGGACACGGGUUCAAUCCCUGGUCUGGGAAGAUCCCACAUGCCACGGAGCAACUAAGCCCGUGCACCACAACUACUGAGCAUGUGCUCUAGAUCCCGCGAGCCACAACUACUGAGCCCUUGUGCCACAACUACUAAAGCCCACGCGCCUAGAACCUGUGCUCCACAACCACAACAAGAGAAGCCACCGCAAUGAGAAGCCCGCGCACUGCAACAAAGAGUAGACCUGCUCAGCGCAACUAGAGAAAGCCCGUGCACAGCAACAAAGACCCAAGGCAGCCAUAAAUAAAUAAUAAAUAAAUAAAUAGAUAGAUAGAUAAAUAAAUAAAUAAAGUUUUUUAAAAAGAAGAGUGAUGCCAGAUAAACCAAGUGAAGAAGAUCUUUCUUGGAGGGGAAAGUGAUCACCUGUGUUAAAUGCUGUUGAUAGGUCAAAGAGGAUAAAGAUCAAGAACUGACCAUUGGAUUCCAUAACAUGGAUAUUACAGGUGACCUUUACAAGAGCUGUUUCAGUGGAGUGGUGAGGAUUAAAGACUGGGUUAGAUCCAAGAGAGAAUUCAAGGAGGGGAAGUAGAGAUAGCAAACAAUUUUUUUUUUUUGAGGUCUUUUUAAAGGGAAGCAGAAAAACGGAGCAGCUGUCAGAGGGGGAUGAAAAAAUUCUUAUGGACUGAUCUGUGUUCCCUGCAAAUUCAUAGAUUGAAGUCCUAGCCCCCAAUGUGACUGUAUUUGGAGACAGGGCCUUUAAGGAGAUAAUUAAGGUUAAAUGAGAUCAUAUGGGUGAACCCUAAUUCAGUAGGAUUGGUGUCAAUAAGAAGAGGGAGAGACAUCAGGGAUGCAUGUGCAGAAAAAAGGCCACGUGAUGAUACAGGAGAAGGUGGCCAUCUGCAAGCCAGGGAGAGGCCUCAGGAGAAACCAGUUCCGCUGGCACCUUGGACUUCCAGCCUCCAGAACUGUGAGAAAAGAAAUUUCUGUUGUUCAAACCACCCAGUCUGUGGUAUUCUAUAUGGCAGCCCUAGAAGUCUCAUAUAAAAAUCAAGGGAAAUUUGUUUUUUAAGAUAGGGAAUAUUGUAGCAUGUUUAUUUUCUGAAAUUAGCAAUCCAGUAGAGGGGGAAAUUACUGGAGCAAUGUUCCUGGGUUGUAGAGGUGGAAUGAGAGCUCAUAUAAAAGUUUGCUUUUGAUAGGCAUAUAGGUAGAUUUGUAGAUAUGGUGGGAAGGUCAGGAAAUUCUCUUCUGAAUUCUUCUGUUUUCUUGGUGAAAUAGGAAGCAAGAUCAUAAGUGGAGAGGGGAAGUGCAGUACAAAUUGCAAUUUGAGGAGAAGAAAGUAGGAAAUACAAUUGUCUAGAAGAGUGGAGAAUAAAUGGACUAGAGACAUGUCAGACUACCGGGCAAUGCUAAGAGCCCAUCAAGAUCAGUGGUCAUAGAUUUAAAGGGAGACUAGUCAUCAUACAUUCGUGUUCUUCUCCAGGGUCAUUCAGUUGGGUUAGAUGGAGAUCUGGAUCUAAUCUGGGGUUUUGCCAAGCAAAAAGGACAGGGGGAGACUACAUGCAAGAGUGUGAUGAUGCUCUGUACAGUCUAAACUGAGUGAGGAUGAAGGAAAGGACAUGAGGCUGGGGAGGGUAAUAGUGGGAAGGUGGUCACUGCACUGGGGAUUCUAGGGAGGUAGAAGAAUUAGUAGAGUCAGGUGGGGGAGCUGGAAAGAUGGGAGGUCAUGGUUGCAGGAUGCUUGAAAUUGAGGUUAUGCAGAGGGAUCAGCUGGAAUCGAGGUCUAGGGUAUGACUGACUGCUGCGUGAGGGAAAAAAGAACCUUAGAGUCAUGGAGUUAAGAUGUCUUCGUGGCUAUUGAAUUAUUCUAAGACUGAUGAGGAGGAGUACUGGAGUAGCAGCAAGUUUGGUGCUAAAAUCUUCAAGGAAGAAGGGGGAAUGACUCGGGGCUCUGUGGAUGGCUGAACCACGUAGGGGUAACAGCUUGCAUAAAGGCCUGAGCUUCAAGGCUGGCCUUUUUUAAAGGAGGCGGAAUAAUGGUCUAGAACGGGAUUUCUCGACAGCAGCGCUAUUAACGCUUCACACUGAAUAAUUCUUCAUUGUGGGAAGCUGGCCAGAACUGAGCAUAAGCAGCAUUUCUGACUUCUACCCAAGAGAUGCUAGUGGCACUCUGCCCCCAGCUGUGGCAAGGAAAAAUGCCUGAGACUUUACUAAACAUCCUUGGGGGACAAAUUCACAUCAGUUGAUAACCACUGAUCUUAAAGCAGCGGUGCUGAGCUAAAGGACUCCUACCUGACCUCUGGGCCCAGUGAUUAUGAGGAGUGAGGAAGAGCAAAUAAUAAUUUCAGAGGGUUACAGGGCCAUCAGGGUCUUCUGGGAAUAUCAGAUUUUGGUCAGAGAGGGGGCUGAAGGGAAUCUUUCCAGAAAAUAUAAGUAAAUAUCUCCAUAUUUACAGCUACAAUGUAACUCACGUCUAUCAGCCUUAAGGAGGAAAUGUUUCCAGGAUGACCUGACAGUGUGUUUUGUCUAAUUAUUUCACUUCCUUUGCCUGACCCAAUUCACCAUUCCAAUGAGUUACUUCUUAAUGGAUCUUACAUUGCAGAUUUCAAUAAUUAUAUUUAAUACAUGCUGAGUUUUUGCUAUAUAAGAAAUCAAGUGUCCCAGAAGAACACACAAACUAUAUACAGUGAAGACCACGGCAGGGCUGGGGCACCAGUGCUGUGUACUUCCUCUCCCAAGAAUCCUCUUCAGUUAAGCAGGCAUGCUCUAGGAGUCAAAGCUUCUAGUUAACUUCCUAGGUAUACAGGCAAAACUGAAGACGGUUCUUUAAAAGACAAAGAGGGUGAGAGAUAUGAGGACGAGGAAGGUAUCUGGAUCGCCUGGCAUGAGUACAUCUGCAAGGAAUUUAUGAGGUCCUAUUUCAGCAGCAUUCCCCUUUAUUUACUGACUACGUGUCUGCCCCUGACCACACAGUAAUCUUCUAGGCUCUGGGGUUACGAGAUGAACAUGGUGUAGAGGGGAAGUGGCGGACCUCCACCUAAACAGCAAUAUCACAUUAUAAUCCAUUUAAAGUGUGCUAGCAACAAGUGGAUACGAGGAAAGGAGGUUUUUAUUCUCUGAGGGAAAUAUCUAACACGUAGCUCAGGGAGAAAUAAGAACGUUAUACAUCAAAAAGUGAGGAACUAAAUUACCCCCGUGAGCGCUAAAUUCCAAUGGCAUGGGUACCUCCAUGUCUGUACAAAACAGAAAGGAGCCUCCUUGGUACAGAAAGGACAUUUUUUUUUUUUGAGGGGGUGAUACAAAGUUUUUCAAUUAGAUUUUUCUGUUUACAACUGAGAUCACAUCUACAUACUAUAUUGCUAGUCUACAUGAGUACAGUUUUUCUAACAAGUUUAUUAGACUUACAGUGAAUGGGCUCAGUCAUACAAAAACAUGCACACACUGACACUGUUUUAAAACAGUAAUGCAUACAUUAUACUCCUCCUAUAAAGCCAGCUUUGAUUAACAACUGCUAGUUUCAAAGAUCUGUCUGCUUUUGAAGAUGAACUAAGAUAGACACUAUGAUUCUUGAAUCUAUUUUAGCCAUUUUGUACAGUCGCUCUCCUACUGGACUACAGUAUAUAUGUUUUAAAAGGACACUAAUGAGGGGCACCAUCUGGUAUUAACUUUAACCAGACAGCUGACUGCCUCCCCUCCCCCAAAGACCUUUGGCCACGAAGAAGAGAAACGUAGCGUGGUCUCUGGUGCUCGACCACCUGGACGUACAAUCAGUGAGUAACACAAAAAGGUACUUGGACUCGAAGGUAUAACAUAAGGCACUUUGUUUUUAAUUCCAUCAGUUUCUUCAGAAUUAAGGUCAGGGGUUCUCUGGUGAUCUGAAGCCGUGCUGGCCUCAGCUAUGACCACAGACCCAGGAAGCCGUCAGAGGGCCACCGUCCUCAGUACACUCCUCGCUGCGCUCUGCCCACCUGCCCAUGCACAUUCUGACUUCUCGGUAAACUUCCCACAGCACGACCAGUGGGGGCGCCCCGGGUGGCCUUUGUGUCCGUGGCCACAGCCUAGGUACCCACCUGCAUGGUUCAAAGAGGAGAGGGGAGAACCACCAUUAGAGGAAAGUCCAGCAGUUACCACGGAAAUUAAUGCUCCUGGCGACAUUCAGACUCAUGGACGUGAAAACGUCUAAUAAAAACCCGGAGAGAGGAACAAGCUAUUCGGUGCCUCUGUAGUCAGGGGAACUCUCAAGACUGAUGACAGCAAAUCAAUUAAGGUUCGCUGAAGUUCUAAGAAGAGUGUUAUUUUAACACUGCUAACUCAAGGAGAAGAACUGGUUUGGAUUUUAACUGUAACAUAAUCUAGAUGAAAGGGAAGUGCAGAGUGGUGGAAAUAAACAAAAUAGAUCCUGAAGUGUUUAUAUGAGAGUUUACAAGAGCCUAUCUUAAGGCCCACCAUUGGAGUAAGGAUACCACAGAAUACUGAAAAUAAUUAGAUCUCUUGCCUGAGCUGACCCUCUUGCCCACCCACCCUGCCCCCAAGAAAAGAGCCAGACCUGGUUCAGUUAAUUUAUUCAUCUGUUCUCCCAUCCCUGCCUUGUUUGGAAUUUCUCUAAGGUUUUAAAAGGAACGGAGCGGGUUUACAUCUUAGACACUGCUCAGGCUGUUGGAAAGGGUACAGGCUGAAAUCGAGCAUUCUGGGAGAAGCACAGGGCUCCUAGGAUUAGUGAACUGUAUCAAAACUAAAAAACUCAGAACUUUGCAGCUUGCUAUUUCAGUUUCCAGAACAAGAAGCUUUAAAUGAAACUUUUAGAACUGUGAUAUAUUUAUACGCACAGACUGCAUUCCUAGAAACAAAGCCUAAGUCUGAACACCCCGAAGCUGGUCGCUGUGGUAGUUGAUCCCGCUGCCAGGAGACAGCAGCAGAGGGAGAGCGAGGGCUUUCAGGAGCGACUGGUUCUCCUUACCCGGCAUGGUGCCUCCACAUGCGCAGCGAGCAGUCUUCUGGCCUCCGCUGGAGCAGAACGUGCAGCAGUGAAACACGCCUGGGUGUGAGCGGUGCCGUUUCCUCACGGUCACAGCGAAUGGUACUGUGUAUUGUGGCAAGUUUGUUUUCUCGGUCCAGUUGGAUGAUGAUCCUUAUGCCUCAGUGAUUUGGAGGAAAAGUGAAAUAAUGUUUGUAAAAACACCUAACCCAGGCUUCCCUGGUGGUGCAGUGGUUGGGAGCCUACCUGCCAAUGCAGGGGACACGGGUUCGAGCCCUGGUCCGGGAGGAUCUCACAUGCCGCGCAGCGGCUGGGCCCAUGUGCCGCAACUACUGAGUCCGCGCGCCACAACUACUGAGCCUGCGUGCCACGGCUAUCAAAGCCCGUGUGCCUAGAGCCCGUGCUCUGCAAUGGGAGAAGCCACUGCGAUAAGAGGCCCGCGUACCACAAUGAGGAGUAGCCCCACUCACCACAACUAGAGAAAGACUGUGCGGAGCAAUGAGGACCCAAUGCAGCCAAAAUAAAUAGAUAAAAUAAAUAAAUUUACAAAUAAAUAAUUAAUAAAUUUUAAAAAAACACCUAACCCGUCUGACAUCCUGUAAUUAGGCAAAAGCAGCAAGUGGCUAUUGAAUAUGAGUCUUCCUGUGGCACAGACCACAAGCCUAACAAUCAUGAUGCUCUAUGGUGUUUUAUUGUCCUUGUCAGUGUUGAUUUCUGGUUGGGGGAAACCUCUGACAGCUCGAAUGUCAGCAGAGAUUCUGCUGGACGUGUUGAGUAUUACCCAAUUUUUAAAAAUUCAUAAUCUCUACACCAGAACGUGUUACAUGUAUCUGUGGAGGUAACAGACAAGCAUAUAUGUAUAAACAGAGUAGAGAAUUAUCUGGGCAGAUGGUUAGGCAGAGAGAUGACUGGUCAGUCAAGAAGAGAGGGCAUGACUCUCCCAAUGGUGUUCCAGUAAGUCCAUGUCUGGUCAUAGUCUGAAAAAGCUGGAAUAUCCUGAGCUAGAUGAUAUUGCUCGAACGUGUGUAUGCUUGUCCGCUGGUAGAUUGGCCCCUCUGAUCAAGGCAUCUUUCCCAAAUUAAGAAUUCCAACAAACUGGGAGAAUGAUAAAAUACAAGCACAAUUGCCAGGAGGUAAAGUAGGGAUAGAGAGUUCUUAAUCGUCACCAGCAUCCUCUCGUAAGAAUAAGAGCUGCAAAAUCUGGGCCAUUUCUAAAGUGAGAUGAAAUAAGAAAGAAGAGAAUCCUGUUCAAGGCCUCUAUACAGCUGAUCCUGUGAGAAAUGUCUCCACAUCCUAAGAUGACAAAACCCAGGGGGGCCAGGGUGAAAGGAGGUCAGGGAAGCACAGGUAAGGUCUCACUCACCUGCACGUGUUGUUCCUUGACACAGACGAACACAGUAUAGAUGCCAGGUUCCUUGGGGGUAUAGGAAACGUAGUAUGUCCCAUCCUUGUUAUCGUGGACCAUCGUUUUGACUGGACUGGAUGGAGGUAAGAGUUCAAAAAUAUCACUCAUUCUCACAAGCCUGCUUCAGUUGCCCACUAUUUUAGGAUAUAAACUCUACACCAGCGGUCCCCAACCUUUUUGGCACCAGGGACUGGUUUCGUGGAAGACAAUUUUUCCACGGAUGGGGGGAUGGUUCGGGCGGUAAUGCGAGCGAUGGGGAGCAGCAGAUGAAGCUUCACUUGCUCACCCGCCGCUCACCUCCUGCUGUGCGGCCCGGUUCCUAACGGGGCUGCAGACCCCUGCUCUACACCAUAAAUCCAGUAUUAAUUUUAAAUGUCCCCCAAGCGGGAUGUAUCUUCUACUUGUCUCGGAAAUUAAUUUUACAACAGAAGGUAAGCAACAUAAAUGCUGAUUUAAUCUGAUGUUCUGACGAAUUCCCUGAAAGCGUCACUGUGUUCUCUCCCCUCAGCUUCUGUUGUACCCUCCUGCCCUUCGUCCUCCCUCCUCCCUCCUCUAAUUCCAGAGACGUAUAACUUUGCUCCCAGAACAGUUUAGUAGCAAAGUGAGGCUGAAUUUUGAGAAGGGCGCCAUUCAGUCUAACACGGAAUAUUUUUCAGUCUAUUUGAAGCUUGGGAUGAAGACAGUCUGAGGGGCAGAUCAGACCUUUGGGAGAGAAUUGAAUACAGGCCUAAAACCCACACAAGGAAACACAUCUGGUCCACUUGGUCCUAUUGCACUUUUCAAUGGCAUCAUGGGGAGGUAGGCUGGAACUACUGCAGUUACAGCCCCACUACUGCAAAGGACCUCGGGUUUCCAGUCGCAUCACCGCUCAUUACCUGUGACGCCUGAGUGUAUAAUACAAACCUGUCUUUCUUAUCUUUAGGGACUACUGCGACUUGAAUGUUCUCUCCUCCCCUGCCCAUGCUCUCUCCUGCUGCAUCCUUACAAAUGACGGUGAAAGAGACUGUCUGUUUCUCGCGGGCUCUGUGGAGAUCUGCGGAAGAUAAACACUCCAUCCUCACCUCAAAGGCCAACUGCGGUGACUGUAUCCCCAGAUCAGACACCAUCUUGCCUUUUCUCUUUAGAACAAAAGGUUGUGUUUCCAGUUUCCUCCCUUUCUUUUCUCCCAGGCAUACCUCUUGGGAGUCGCUCCCGGUGAGCCUGCUUCUGUCUCAGCCAGCAGCUGCUCUUGGAUCAUAUAGGAUCCUGGACCUUAAUUUCAGCCUUAAGGAAGCUUUGAAAAUACUCAGGUUUGAGGUAUGUAUUCAGAGAAAAAAACCUCUGGACACCGUGAGAGAGGCUGGUAACCCCAAACUACCCUCUCUGAGCUGCAGAUCCUGCUGGAAGAGGCAGGGGGUACAGGGUGACCACCUGGGACUCUUCAUGCUGUGAAGUCCUCCACAGCGUGGUAGCUGUGCCAUGGUGUUGGGGGCAUAUUCAAUAGCUACAGCCUCUGGUCCGGAAGUCAGAUGAAACAGGCUUCUUAACCUGGGGUUCGUGAACUACUGUGAGGCCUUAUGAAGGGUCUAAGAAUCUCCUGAAAUUGUAUGCCCAAAUUAAUGGGUGUUUCUUGGGGAGAGAUCAUUCUCAAAGGGAUCUGUGACCCCCGAACAGGUAAGAAUUCCUGUGCCAGUUAGGAUGACUCUACAGUAGAGUCUUCCUGUGAGGACUGAUCUGUGAAAUAUAUGUUUGAUCAAUGUGGUCAAAAGAAAUUGUUUUUCCCCUC